AUGGGCCUCCCAGAUGAGCAGCUGCUGGAUCCACAGGCAGUGUCCAAGGCUUUGCGAUGCGUCAUUUGUGCGGAGGUGUUCGUGAAGCCUGUGUCGUCGAUAUGCCAGCAUGUGUUUUGCCGGGCUUGCAUCGAGAGAGCCCUGCAGCAACAUGCGCGAUGUCCUACCUGCAGAUCACCGCUGAAUGCGUGGGAGCUACAGCCAAACCACCUUGUCCAAACUCUGCUGGACGAAGUGCACGUGCGCUGUCCGCGCUUUGGCGACAGCUGUGGGUGGACGGGUCCGCAAGAGGCCUUGCCCGCUCACCAGUCGACAUGUUUGGUGCUGCAGCGCUCCGACUUGGCCCGAAAGCUUGCUGUGGAGCAGAGGAAGGUGCGAGAGCAGACCAGCAUUAUACAGGACCUCAAGACUCAAAUUUCUCAACAAGAGCGAAUUCUUGCCGAUCUCAGGACUCAGGCCACAAGGCACAAGUUGCAGCUUGCACAAGCAAGGCAGCAGCUACGAGAGCAGGAUCAGCAACUCACAAAGAAGUCCCGACUGAUGCGAGCAGAGGUGGAAGCAGAAGUGAAGUUACAGUUGGCUGCCAAAGCCCAAGCUGAAGCAGAAGAAGCUGAGAAGAGGCUCCAGUCGCUCAAGUCAACUCACGAUGAGCUUGUGCAGGCAUUCGUCAAGGAUCCUCAGGGCAAGACGGUCGUGAUAAAGCUCGACAUUCAAAAGCCCAUUGAGGCCAUCAAGAACACUAUCAUCGAAAAGACAGGCUGCCCCGAAGAAAU